AUGGCAAAUAAGAUGCAUAAAUCAUUUUUGUUCUUUGUCAUUUAUGCUUUAGUUGUUACAGUUUGUACGAGAAUAGUACAAUUGAUACAGGUAGAAGGAGGCUAUACACCAUGCACAAUAAUUAUGGGAAGUUGUUCUACUGAUAAUUGUAACCAGAUGUGUAUGAAUUAUCGAGCAAGCUCUACACUUUUAGGAUCAAAUUGUAACUUCUACAACUUAUGCACAUGUGAAUUCGAUAGGCCACCAGUAGGAAGAUCAUGCACAGUUCCUAAUGGACUCUGCUCAGAUCAAUGCGGUGAAUCUCGUUGUAAUGCAAAUUGUAAGGAUAGAUAUAGAAACACAGGUACUGGGGUAUGUGUGCAUGACUAUGAUCUCUACUUUUAUAAGUGUGUUUAUCAACAAUGA